UUAUAAACGUUGAUUUCCUACAGCGGAGGAACCAGCCUGGUGGUGCAGAAUCACUUAUAUUUACUUUUAGCUGACUGUAGUUAUCUAGACAAAGCAAAGGUACUUAUCCUGAAGGGUACAGUAAAAACUACCCAGGUAAAUCAUCGAACGUGUCAAGUGAGUCGUUGUUGUGCGGAAGCCAAGCAAGUAUAGCAUGGUGGGAUUCAAGCCAGAUUCCUGAGGCAGCACUAACCACUCCUCCGCAAUGUCACAACGGAAAAGGAUGCGUGUUUCAGCUCUGGAGAGAGAGAGCCAUCUGCCUGUGCCACGCCCCUUGGAUAGCCAUUCCCCCAGUAUAUCACCACACCCCUUGGAUGACCACACUCCCCUUCCUACAAAACAACUUACCAGUCAUUACUUCUCUGAGGAACAGCAGAAUGACCUCAGGCUAGGAGAGGAGUUCUUCAACCAGCAAUGUGUGAACCUGGCCAGAGCCUUCUUGGGAAAGAUCCUGGUGCGCCGCUUGAUGGAUGGGACGGAACUAAGGGGGAGAGUGGUCGAGACAGAGGCCUACCUGGGAGGGAAUGACAAGGCCUCCCACUCAGCGGGGGGGAAGUGCACAGAGAGGAACAUGGCCAUGUUCAUGAAGCCCGGCACCAUUUAUGUGUAUCAGAUCUAUGGCAUCUACUUGUGCAUGAACGUAUCAAGCCAAGAAGAGGGUGCUGCUGUGCUGCUACGCUCCCUCGAACCGCUGCAGGGACAAGCUGUGAUGCGGCAGUUACGCUCAGCCCGCCGGAGACAGAGCUCACGACCCCUUAAAGACAAAGAGCUCUGCAACGGUCCCUCCAAGCUGUGCCAGGCAUUGGACAUCUCUCGUGCCUUUGACCGCCGCGACCUGGUCUCUGAUGCCGAGGUAUGGCUGGAGAGGGACCCCCUGGAGGCUCUGGCAGAGUCCCGACAGGUAGUGGCAGCCCCUCGCAUCGGCAUAGAGGCUCAUGGAGAAUGGGCUGUGAAGCCCCUGCGCUUUUACCUACAGGGUCACCCAUGCGUAAGUGUGGUGGACCGGGAUGCUGAGAGACGGACCAACUUCGGAGUGGGGCCUGCUGGCAGCUCUGUAUAGGGGGACAAGACUUGGGAAACAGAACAGUGCGCUACAUAACUGAAAAUGAGCUUUACUGCUGAUCUGUUUUUUUUUUUUUUUUUUUUUACUUAAACUG